AUGAUUUAUAAUCUACGGGUUCAUUAUACAAUUACUGUAUGGUUUCUAAUUGUACAUUAUGUAAAUGGCGCUGGAUUACUAUGGGAUGACGUUACUACAGAAUCCACCACCCCAAAAAUGAAACAUCAAACAACAACACAAUUACCCAUACCAAUCACUGAAAAACAAGGACCAUUUUCAGUUAGAGAUGAUAGAAGUUCACGACGAAGUGUAAAUCCCAAAUUAAUUUGUACACAAAGAGAUGGAGUUAUCAAAUGUUAUUAUGUAAAUGAAGGAAUUCAUGUUCAACGUUUCAAUGGAAAAGUAUUAUUCUGGUCAUUGUUGACAUUGACUUGUGUGCGUUUAAUCAGUUCAAGUUAUUGGUGA